UCUCUCUCUCUCGGUCUCUGUUCCUCUCCCCUCCUUGGUGUGACUUGUAGAGUGGCUUGAGGCAGGAGUCUUUCGAGGUUUUUAGUCAGUAACUUUUGUGGUUCUGCCGGACCAUGUGCUGGCACGGCGAUGGGUCGCUAGGCGACGCGGAUAGCUCGGAGAGCGACCCGGGCGGGCUGUCGGUCCUGGAGCAGCUGGGUCUGGACCAGAGCUCGGACUUCUCCGACAGCAGCGUGCAACAGCGUCUGGACGAGCAGAGGGAGAGGAUCCGCAGGGAGAUCAGGAAGGAGCUGAAGAUCAAGGAGGGGGCCGAUAACCUGAGGAGGGCCACCACCGACAAGCGGAACGCCCAGCAGGUCGACAGUCAGCUGCGCAGCUCCAACCGCCGGCUGGAGGACCUCCACGCUCAACUGCAGGAGCUGGACGCCCACAUCGUGGUCAAGGGAGGGGACGAGACCAGCAAAGAUGACCCGCCCCAGUCCCCGGGGGGGGAGAGCAGGUCGUCGGACCGCAUCGCCGCCCUGGAACGCCAGCUCAACAUUGAGCUCAAGGUCAAACAGGGCGCUGAGAACAUGAUCCCCAUCUACGCCAACGGCUCCACCAAGGAUAAGAAGAUGCUGCAGACAGCUCAGCAGAUGCUGCAGGACAGCAAGACCAAGAUCGACAUCAUCCGCAUGCAGAUACGCAAGGCUGUGCAGGCAACAGAGCACACUGACGACACACAGGGUAACCACGACCUGUGUGGGGUGGAGCUGCGUAUCGAGGAGCUGAGGCACCACUACAGGGUGGAGCACGCCGUGGCCGAGGGAGCCAAGAACGUCCUCCGCCUGCUGGGGGCCAGCAAGGUCCAGGACAAGAAGGCCCUCUCCGAGGCCCAGUGCCGCCUGAGCGAGGCGUCCCAGCGUCUGGACCUGCUCCGAGACUCCCUGGACCAGCGCCUGGCCGAGCUGCCCGAGGACCACCCCAAGGCCUGCGUCAUCAAGGAGGAGCUGGUGCUGGCCUCCUCCCCCGCCUUCAGCUCCCGCCACGGCGCCCCCUACCUGCACAACCAGUACAGCACCCUCAGCAAGCCCUCCCCGCUCACCGGGACCCUCCAGGUGCAGCUGCUGGGCUGUGUGGGGGUGCUGGAGGUGGUCCCAGGCCGCAGCCGGGCCCAGCCCGUGGUGCUGCCCUGCCACAGCCCCGGGGACAGCCGCUCCUUCAUGCGCAGCGGCAAGGGCCUGUACGGGCGCAGCGGCAGCGUGAGCGGGAAGACGCCAUGCAAGCCGGACGAGCACUCCACGGAGGUGAGUGCAGUGCUGAAGCUGGACAACACAGUGGUGGGUCAGACAGCCUGGAGGACUGUGGGGGAACAAGCCUGGGACCAGACCUUCACUGUGGAGCUGGAGAGGUUCAGAGAGAUGGAGAUCGCUGUGUACUGGAAAGACUACCGCUCCCUGUGUGCCCUGAAGUAUCUCAAGCUGGAGGACUUCCUGGAUAACCAGAAACACCGAAUCCAGCUGGAACUGGAGCCACAGGGCCUGCUGCUAGCCGAGGUUACGUUCUUCAACCCGGUCAUAGAGCGAGUCCCUCGCCUGCAGAGACAGAAGAAGGUGUUCUCCAAGCAGCAAGAGCAGGGCUGUCUGCACUGCAUCAUCAACAUGGUGCUGGUGUUACUGUUGACCCUAGCACCCCCUGGUGGUGGCUCGUAG